AUGAAAAUAAAUUUAUUCAAUCCUAAGACUAAGCAUAGUUAAUUUAGUAGAUCAACUAGGGCAACUUCAAUGUUAUCACUUAAAAAAGUAGAUGAAACAACUGUUGGAACUCUUGGGAACUGGGCAUAGACUACACUCCCUUAAGUAAAAAAGUUAGAACAAAAAGUGUCAUCUACUUAUAAUGAAGAUUAUCAUUUUCUUAGGGACCAUGACAAAUUCUUUAAAAUUAAUGAUGAUGACAAUUCUCCUUAUGGUAAUAGAAAGUAACAAUCUUCGAAAAUUUUAUCUUAAAUUAAUUUAAAUGACAUAAACGAUUUAGAAGAGAGAUUCACAUUUGUUAUGAAGUAAUAAUUAUAUUGUAUUGAUUUAAGAUAUUUAAGGUAAUCUAAAAUUGGUAAUUUGUACAAUGUUGCUGUUUUUACAUAUGCAUACAUAUUAGAAAAACAGUUCCUAUAUGAUAAAGCUAUGUUAAUUUGGUAAAAAUAUUUAGUAUUUUGCAACUCAAAUAGAGUUUAUCGUUACAAAAUUAUUGCUUAUAAGUAUUUAGUUGAGCUUUCACUCUUAAUGUAUGACUUCAAGAAGGCUUUAAUUUAUUCUAAAAAACUCAUUAAAUAUACAUUAUUUUUUAAUGAAUCUAAUUAUGAAUUAAAUGCAUAUGAUUAAAUAGGCAAGAUUUUUUAUUACACCAAGGAAUAAUAAUUGGCUAAAGCUUUUCAUGAAAAAUUUAUGGAUGGUGAGCCUAUGCCAAUCUAAAAUAAGAUUCGAUAAGCUAUUGUCAGAAUGAUUGAAUACAAUAUUCGAUAAAAAUAAACUAGUGGAUAAAUUGAUACUGAUAGUGAUGAUGAUUUUGAAUUAGAAAAAUUAGCAGAACCUAAAAAUUUAGAAUUUCAUCCCAUCAGAUUUAAAGAUGCAUUACUUAAGUACAAGCACUUAUGGGGACAUGUAAAAAAAUAAAGUGAACCCUUAGGACCUAUAAAUGUAUUGACUUUUGAUAAAAGAUUAUUUUAAAGAGAAUACUUUACUUAGUUAAGUAAUAACAAUAGUAUCAAGAGUUUUAUAUUAAAUAGCAACAUCUCAAUAAAAAAGUACAACUUAUAAAAAGUCAUUGAUAAAUUAAUAAAUGACAUCUAAAAUUUUUGA